CCCCGCGUGUCGGGAGCUGCUGCUGGUUGGGGGUGGUUGGUGGCUGCCGAGGUUGGCGGCGCCCUGUGGGUGACGUAAAAGGAACCGCCGCUAAAUUUAUCUGGAGGCGGGGGCUGAAAAGAGGCGCUCGCAGGCAAAGCGGAGCAGCGCCGCAGACGAGUUCGCCUCCUUUGCUGCACCCAAGCGUUCGAGAGAGCCAACGAGCGCGUCCUGGCCAGAGCUGAAUCAUGAGCAACUACGCAGUGACGCUGCACGGGCCCGCACCAUGGGGCUUCCGGUUGCAGGGUGGGAAGGAUUUCAACAUGCCCCUCACCAUCUCGCGGAUAAGCCCGGGUAGCAAAGCGGCUCAGGCCACCGUGGUGCCAGGGGACGUGGUGCUGCAGAUCGACGGCACGCCCACUGACAGCAUGACGCACCUGGAGGCGCAGACGAAGAUCAAGAACAGCGUGGGCAACCUGCGCCUCACUCUGCAGCGGUCCAAGCUCCAGGGUCGGGUCACCACAGGUGCGCCUCAUGCUGAUGGGACACGAGCCGUGACUCCUCAGCAGCAGGUGUACACUGCCAACACGGCUAACCCGGCGCUCCUAAAGGACUCCCUGGCCUUUGCGCACAAGCCCAUCGCAGUGACGGGCCCAGGAGGUCAGGCCACCAUCAUCCACGCGCAGUACAACACUCCAAUCAGCAUGUACUCACAGGACUCCAUCAUGGACGCCAUCGCUGGGCAGACCCACGUGCGCGGGACAGAUGUCCCGGGCAUCGCCGCCAAAGAGCCGCACGUGGACACGUCGUCGCACGUGUACCAGGCCGUGGUGAAGGGGGACGACGCCAAGGGCACCGCCGCUCAUCAGUCGCGCUCCUUCCAGAUACUGGCGCACCUCACCGGCACCGAAGGACAGCCAGACCUGGAUGGCGAAUCCGUGAAGAAAUCCAGUGAGGAUGAGUCAAGGGCGGGAGAAAACCAGCACGGACCGCACGGAGCUCCAGCUUAUGAUGGCGGUUCGGCCAACCAGGCGCAAGUGGCCACGGCCUCUGUGCAGGCGUCUAAAAGCUCACCUCUGCCUUUCACCUCAAAGCUCCAGCCGCUUCCAAAGGCGCCAAAUGCAAGCGCGCAGGCAUCUGCUGCGCUGUCUGCCGCUUUGUCCUCUAGCUCCUCUUUCCAGCAGAGCGUCUCUACCUCCUCUUAUGCCUACUCAGCCUCCUCUGCUGCCUCCAAGCAAAUUAGUUCCCACGCGCUGCACUCUGGACCCCCACCCACCGUGGGCCACAGCCCCAGACCCAACGUGGUGACAACGGCAACGAUCCGGCCCAACCAGCCAGCGCCAGGACAUGUCAACAGCAGCAUCACCAUCAAUCUGCCGAGCACCGAGGCCACUCCCUCCGGUGGGCCCGCUAGCCGCCCCCCGUGGGUCACCGAUGAUCAGUUUGCGCAGAAGUACACGGCGGAUCGCAGCACCACGACGAUCUCCAAGUCGGUGGGACCGGCCAGCGGCGGCGGUGGCGGCGGUCAGGGAUAUGGUGCGCCAGCGCAGCAUGGGCCGCCAGCGCCGCCGUUCGCGCCGGCGAAGCGUGGGCCGGUUGCCCCAUCCUCGGCUCCUAUCCACGCCGUCGCUCCGGGCCCAGGCUACGGGCAGGCCGUCUCGCCAAGCCGCGGCAAGGUGCAGUGGGCGCAGCACUGCCAGCCCAGCCAACGCACGCCCAUGUGCGGCCAGUGCAAUCAAAUCAUCCGCGGCCCUUUUCUGGUGGCGCUGGGCAAAUCGUGGCAUCCGGCCGAGUUCAACUGCGCCCAGUGCCACACCACGCUGACUGAGACCGGCUUCGUGGAGGAGCAGGGAAACGUGUACUGUGAGACCUGCUACGAGAAGUACUUUGCUCCGGAUUGCGCCAAGUGCCGCAAGAAGAUCAUGGGGGAGAUCAUGCACGCCCUGAGGCAGACGUGGCACACCACCUGCUUUGUGUGUGCAUCCUGUGGCAAGCCCUUUGGAAACAGCCUCUUCCACAUGGAGGACGGCGAGCCUUACUGCGAGAAAGACUACGUGGUGCUGUUUAGCACCAAGUGCCAUGGUUGUGACUUUCCCGUUGAGGCUGGAGACAAAUUCAUCGAGGCCCUUGGCCAUACUUGGCACGAUACCUGCUUCAUCUGCGCUGUGUGUCAUGUGAACCUUGAGGGACAGCCCUUCUACUCCAAGAAAGACAAGCCACUCUGCAAGAAACAUGCCCAUGCCAUCAAUGUCUAAACCUGGUCACACACACGCUACACUCAUACGUGAAACCAUUUGUAUCGAUUGAGUUUCUGACACAUGCUUUUUUGGCAUAAAAUAUCUAUGCACUCGUAGAUUAAUUUUAAAGUGGGACAAAAUGCACACAACAAUAACUUCUACCAGUGGCGUUAAUUUGAAAAAAGCGAUUAAAAAAAUUCCAAGCAUUGGCAUUAAAAUUAAAUCCAUUAAAGUUUGAAUUCCCUUGCUCAUUUAAUAAAUAAAUACCCACAUUAGAAAGAUAAUUAUAAGAUUUGCAUAAAUCUUAAACAGCGGUGUGUGCUUACGUUCCAAAAAUAUCGGGAGUAUUUAUUUCUUUGUAGGUUUAUACACUCCCCUUUGGGCAAAGGUCAGCUAGCCCAGUUUGUACCGUCACUGGUAAUGCUCUAUAUUUAACCCCGUGCACUGGUCUGCGUGGAUCACAGGGCUGUUCUCACAAGUCGCCGGGCUCGUGACAUGCAGAGAGACGUGGUUUGCUGCGCUGAUAGAACGGUGCCUUAUUGUGUAAACAAUUGGUUCCAAAAAUACGCAGUGCACUUGCUGAUGCGCUGGUGAACCAACCGGUCAACCCCUCUGUGAUUCAGCUGUCAGAGGCGGCGGCAAGGAUUUCCAAUGGUCUCAUUACACCACGGGACGGCAUUCAUUUACAAAUGGAUGGCCUAAAAUUUAAUGCGGCAGCAUGAUGGAUUGUCAGCAUGACUGGUCAGUGCAAUAGUGACUGUGAUGCAGGUGAUGGUGGUGCAUGCGAUAGAUAUUUUGACGGGAUUAGUCCUCACACGGACGAUGGUAGUGAUGGUGAUCAUGCCCAAAGUUAGUUUUAACAGGCAUGGAUGUGGGAUAGGAGUCUGGAGAGGUAUGUGGGUAUCUAUGUGGUAGGCAAAGGAUAUGUUAUAUCAGUGAGACAAAAUAAUGUACUGUUUUGCCAGAGGUUCUGACUGGGAAACGGAGUCUAUAUAGUACGGAUUGUGGUGUUUUUCUGAUAUUCUAAUACUGUAAUGUUUUGAAAGGGGGCGCUAUAUUGCAACAAUGUGUCAAUGUUAAGAAGAGGAGAGCUGUACGUGAAGUAAAUGCCAACACAGCACCAGCUUUUGAAAGUGAACGUUUUGUGUACAAGCCAAAUCACUGACACUAUGCCAUGUAGUAAUUCUAUCUUCAUGCAUGAUAACACUAAUUUGAAUAAGAUAUUAUGUUUUAAAGUGAAUACUUUUUUCCUAUGUCAAAAAGGGCUUGAGGGGCACGGUUUGAAUAGUAAUCGAAAUUAGGUUAUACAGUAUUCUCUGUUGUGUCUAAGGUUAUGCAGCAAUAGACAAAAGACGAGUCUGUCGAGUAGCCAUCCAACUUUUGUGCCUUGAAGAUAGAUGUUUGUAAUACAUACAUUACAUUCAAUACAACAAUGUAGGUGGACGGAGAUGCAGAUUUGAUGGCUGUCUAGACAAAGCUAUGCAUGCAGUUGAAAUAAAGCUGUACAGUGAUACGUUUAUUGUGGAUCAAAUUAAAUCCCGGAGGCAUAAAUCGUGCAGCCAGCAAACGUCACAUUCAACAAUUGAGCCAUGAAAAUCAGCUUCAAGUGUUGUUGUGAAUCAAGAAUACUCGUCUAAGCAGCAGCUUCACUGUAAUGUUGAUUAUUGUUGUUGCCUUGUGCGAAAUCCAUUAAUUGAUUGGUUUUGUUCCUGACAAUAACAAAAAAAAGCGUUGCAACGUUUCCGAUGACUGUGGUUUACAUUGGUGUGCACUGAGUUUAAACACGUAGCUUGGCAUGCUAUUUGUUUUCUCUGAAACAAAAUGUUCAGUAUUUUUUUUUUAUAUUGCUACGUGGCUUUUAUUUCCUUUUUGGACUCUGGUGUAAGGAAUUGUGGCUGAUUUUGAUGAAUUCACCAAAUUGUGACAGGUGUGUGUGCGAAAUGGAAGCUGUUUUUUGCAGGUUUAAUAGGCGUGUGCCCAUCGCAGACCUGUACUGGGAAAAUAUCUUAAGAGUAGUUUCUGUUGGUGAAAUAGGCGUGCGUGUUUAUAGCAUUGGGAUUUUAGCUGUUGGGCCUGAGAUGUUUUAAGUGUCGCCCAAUAUGUCAACCAUACUGUGUUUUUAAACGUAGAGUUCAUCGUCCCUGAAGAAGGGUAAUUGCGUGAAAAGUUAUCCAACUAUUUUUAGGCACUGCAAGUGAAAGCGGUGUUUUUGGCCAGUUUAAAACAUUAAAUGUUGAAAUAAUUUUCACAAUAUUUAAAUUACAGUGACAUCGUUAUUAGCAAUGAGACAUACGGUCGUGUUGAGAAUUUAAUGACAAUUUGGACGUUGUUGAGGAUUUUUUUAAAUACACGUUUUAAUUGGUAAAGCUGCACAUCCAUAUCAGACUGCAAAUCCAAAGUUGACAAUAUAGACACUGUAUUUUUACAAAUUUGCAUAUACAUUGGUAUGUAAGCAGUAUGGUGCUUAGGGUCAUAAGAGUUGUUUUUUCAUUCAUGUGUUAAUUUGCAUGUGAAAUUGUAUGCAUGUACAAUUUAUCUCAAUAAAGUUUAGAUUUACCAUGA